UUUAUCAUCAAGGGUGUGGAAGAGCAGGUGCCAUUCUAAGCCUCCAUGAUAUACUUCUAAGUAAGCCAAACCCAGUCCCCAACGAUUGUACUGACCACCAUUGGAAAUGGUUUAAGGGGUGCGUUGGUGCUCUAGAUGGAACCCACUUCAACGUGCUAGUUAAUGCUACAAACAAGCGGCGAUAUCGCUCGCGGAAGGGAUAUUGCAACCAACAGAUUGGAUGCUUGCGACUGCAACUUGCAAUUUGUUUAUGUAUUACCAGGAUGGGAAGGUUCUACAGGGGAUUCACGUAUCCUCAGGGAUGUCGUUUCUCGUCCGAACGACCCGAAGGUGCCACAAGUAUAAGGUACCAUCUUAAGGAAUGGGCACCAGGGACGGACACUCUCCAAAACGUGAUUGAGCGGCCGUUCGUUGUUCUAAAAAUAUGGUGGGCCAUAUUGAGAAGUGUUGUGUACUACCCUGUUUGCACGCAAAUCCACAUUAUCAUGACAUGCUUUCUACUCCAUAACUCUGUGCCCCAUGAAAUAUCCAUCGACCCAGUGGAGAUCGAGCUAGACGGAGCAAAACCCACUGUAACACAGGAUGAGGCAUUCAUUGGGGUAGAAUAUGUGGAUUGUGUGGAGCCAACCCAAGAAUGGACUCAAACUCGUGACAAUUUGGCAAUGAACAUGUGGAACAAUCGUUAGGAAAAAGAAGCUAGAUGUUAGGGGAUAUGUGACUGCAAUAUGUACUAGUAUUCUAAAUACUUGCAACAUGAUUUCAUCAUUAUCAUUCUAUAUUAUA